AAUUUGUGUGAAUUUUUCUAGACUUAAAUAAUGAAAGUAUUAAUCCUUUGCGCGCUAUUUGGCGCUGCGCUUUCGGAAGUUUUCUUUGAAGAAACCUUUAGUGAUGGAGAUAAAUGGGAAUCAAGAUGGAUUCAGUCCACGCACAAGGGUGAUGAAGCAGGAAAGUUUGUGUUAACAGCUGGAAAGUUCUACGGAGAUGCCGAAGCUGACAAGGGAGUUCAAACCAGCCAGGAUGCUAAGUUCUACGCUCUUUCCGCAGAACAUACUUCUUUCUCAAACAGGGACAAGCCCUUGGUUGUUCAGUUCACCGUGAAGCACGAGCAAAACAUUGAUUGCGGGGGUGGAUACGUCAAGUUGUUCGACUGCAAGCUCGACCAGACCGACAUGCACGGUGAUUCCCCGUACAAUGUUAUGUUCGGCCCUGACAUCUGCGGACCGGGAACCAAGAAAGUCCAUGUCAUCUUCAGCCAUAAGGGAAAGAAUCAUUUGAUUAAGAAGGAUAUCCGAUGUAAGGACGAUGUUUUCACCCAUCUCUACACCCUGAUCUUGAACCCUGACUCCACCUACGAGGUUCUCAUCGACAACGAGAAGGCUGAGAGCGGAACCCUGGUCGAUGACUGGGACUUCCUCCCUCCCCAGAAAAUCAAGGAUCCCGAGGCCAAGAAGCCUGAAGACUGGGAUGAUAGAGCAAAGAUUGAUGACCCUGAGGAUGUUAAGCCCGAGGAUUGGGAGAAACCUGAACAUAUUCCCGACCCUGAUGCAACCAAACCUGAAGAUUGGGAUGAUGAGAUGGACGGAGAGUGGGAGCCCCCAAUGAUUGAUAACCCUGAGUACAAGGGAGAAUGGAAGCCAGCCCAGAUUGAUAACCCAGCCUACAAAGGACCCUGGAUCCACCCAGAGAUUGACAACCCUGAGUACAACCCUGAAGAUGCCAAGGAUCUCGGCAAAUACGACGAAUUCUGCAAGAUCGGUCUGGACUUAUGGCAGGUCAAGGCUGGAACCAUCUUCGACAACUUUAUUAUCACCGACGAUCCCGCCGCGGCCAAGAAGGCCGGAGAGGAUUUAUGGGCUGUGACCAAGGUUGGAGAGAAGAAGAUGAAGGAUGCUCAGGACGAGCUUGAAAAGGCUGCUGCCGAAGAAGAGGCUAAGAAGGACGAGGCUGAUGAGGAUGAUGAAGAUCUUGAUGAUGAAGAGGAGGAAGCCAAGGACGACGAAGACACAAACGAGCACGAUGAGCUGUGAGGAGACUAAGAAAGUGUAAAAAUGAAGUAUGUGUCAAAGCCAAAACUCUUAAAUCCCGGCUUUUCCAAGUGAAUUUCAUCCAGUGACUUGUUUCUUUUAGUAGCCGAGAAUGAAUGAGCAGCUCUUUAAUUUUGCAAUUCGUUGCAAACAAAUAAAUUUAUUUUUGAUUUUGUGCGAGACAAUAUAUAUAAAAUGCGACAUGAGAUCCUGUAAAAAAUGCGGCAUUGCAACCUCGUCUUCAUGAUUUCCAAAUCUACUGGAUCGCAUCAAACGGUAAACUCUGUGAUUAUUCCUACCUUUACUCUCCGAGUGUUUCCUCUACUUGCACCGCUUUUGGGUCUAUUUUUGGGGGGUCUUAUGCUCGUUUUCAGGGUCAUUUUUCGACUCUUUGAAGCCUACACGUUCUCAUGUUUAUGAAACUACAGCUUUGUGAUUUAUUCUUUUGUCUUACACUGUUUAAACGUGCUGUACCGAGACUAGGGUUGAACAAAUAUAAAUUGUUAUGUCUUAUUUAUUUGUGAAUUAUAGACGUUUUUAGACAAUUGUUAA